UUCUGAACCAGCCUUUGACCACAGCUCUGUGAAAAAGACUCCGGCAGACAGUGAGGGGACAGAGCCAUCUUGGGGCGUGCAUGUGCGUGUGUGCGUGAGUGUGUGUGUGUAUGAAAACACUGGCUCCUGCCGUGUGCAUGGCCGAGGCCGUCCCCCCUUUCCCUCCCUCUCCCUCCCUCUCGCUCUCCCUCCCUCCCUCUCUCUCAACCUGUCUGCGGAAAGCUAAUGAAUCAUUCUAGCUGAGUCCCAGCGGUGUGGACACACGGAUGCCCUGUGACGCUGCCUGGGUGCCGCCUCAGCCUGCCUCUGUCCCCUCCUCCUCCUCCUCCCUCGUCCCCAGUUUGUAAUCUGACACAGUGCACUGCAGUCGUCUCCACGGAGAACCUCCGGGGCUUGGCACCGCUGGCCUCUAAGGUCAGGGAUGGCGCGCCACGCCUGACAUCCACAGAGGCAGAGGCGAAGUGAUUGGCCUUCGGAAGACCCCCUCACGUCUGGAGACCAGGCACCCAGCAGCGGGGCCUUGGGGAAGAUGAACUGAAGGAUGCUGCCUACGGAGACCGUCGCCUGACAACCCGUUAUGCAGGCCUACCUACAAGGGGCCGGCAGCAUGACCAGGUGAAGGCAGAGUACGCCCGGCUCAGCCGCACACUCACCAUAGUGACCAGAGAACGCGAUUCGGCCCUGAGGGAGAAACACCAGCUCCAAGUCAAGCUGGAGAACCUGGAGCAGGUCCUGAAGCACAUGCGUGAGGCUGCUGAACGGCGGCAGCAGCUGGAGUUGGAGCAUGAGCAAGCCCUGGCUGUCCUCAACGCUAAGCAGCAGGAGAUCGAGCUUCUGCAGAAGGCUCAGGUUGAAGCUAAGAAAGAGCACGAGGGAGCCGUGCAGCUGCUAGAGUGCAAGGUUCGCGAGCUGGAAGAGAAAUGCCGGACGCAGAGUGAGCAGUUCAGCCGGCUGUCCCGGGACCUGGAGAAGUUCCGGCAGCAGGCCGGGAAGAUUGACCUGCUGGGCAGUGGCUCGGUGGCCUCGCUGGACAUCCCCUUGGCCCCCAGCAAACCUUUCCCGCAGUUCAUGAAUGGACUAGCCACCUCCAUUGGCAAAGGUCACGAGAGUGCCCCUGGACACUACCCUGCGGUUGGUGACUAUUCCCCGCUCUCAGGGGGCAAGCCGGAGCUGCUGUCUGCCAACCCCACCUUCCUGUCGCCAUCAGGGAGCCCAAGAUGCAGAUUUGAGUCAGACAUGGACAAUGAACAGAACUCCAACACCUCGAAGCAGAGAUACUCGGGCAAGGUCCACCUGUGUGUCGCCCGCUACAGUUAUAACCCCUUCGAUGGGCCGAAUGAAAACCCGGAGGCCGAGCUGCCCCUCACGGCGGGGAAGUACCUCUAUGUGUACGGGGACAUGGACGAGGACGGGUUCUACGAAGGGGAGCUCCUGGAUGGACAGAGGGGCCUGGUGCCCUCCAACUUCGUGGAUUUCAUCCAGGACAACGAGUCGCGGUUGGCAAGCACUCUGGGUACCGAGCAGGAUCAGAACUUCAUCAACCACUCGGGCCUCAACCUGGGGAGCGAGAACAUCCUGGACCUCCACUCCCCGACUCGCACAGACCCGGGCAUUACUGAUGACGGCGGGGGGAUGCUGGAUGUGAACAUCGAUGACAUUGGAGAAGACAUUGUGCCUUACCCUAGAAAAAUCACCCUUAUCAAACAGCUUGCCAAAAGUGUCAUUGUGGGCUGGGAGCCCCCAGCCGUGCCGCCGGGCUGGGGGACUGUGAGCAGCUACAAUGUCCUGGUGGACAAGGAGACUCGGGUGAGCCUAGCCCUGGGCAGCAGAACCAAAGCCCUCAUCGAGAAGCUCAACACGGCCGCCUGCACCUACCGCAUCUCCGUGCAGUGCGUCACGAGCAGGGGCAGCUCGGACGAGCUGCGGUGCACGCUGCUGGUGGGCAAGGACGUGGCUGUGGCCCCCUCCCACCUGCGCGUGGACAACAUUACGCAGAUCUCCGCCCGGCUCUCCUGGCUGCCCACCAACAGCAACUACAGCCACGUCAUCUUCCUUAACGAGGAGGAGUUCGACGUCGUCAAGGCCGCGCGGUACAAGUACCAGUUCCUCAACCUGAGGCCCAACAUGGCCUAUAAGGUGAAGGUCCUUGCCAAGCCCCACCAGAUGCCCUGGCAGCUGCCGCUGGAGCAGAGGGAGAAGAAGGAGGCCUUCGUGGAGUUCUCCACGCUGCCCGCAGGCCCUCCGGCACCUCCCCAAGAUGUCACUGUCCAAGCAGGGGCCAUGGCAUCCACCAUCCAGGUCUCCUGGAAGCCGCCGAUGCUGACCCCCACUGGACUGUCCAAUGGGGCGAACGUCACCGGCUAUGGCGUAUAUGCCAAGGGGCAGAGGGUGGCUGAGGUCAUCUUCCCAACGGCAGACAGCACCGCAGUGGAGCUUGUGCGCCUGCGGAGCUUGGAGGCCAAGGCCGUGACAGUGCGGACCCUCUCUGCCCAGGGCGAGUCCGUGGACUCUGUGUUUGCUGCCAUCCCCCUCGACCUCCUGGUGCCUCCAACCCCCCACCCAAGAGCUACGCCCCCACCGAAGCCAUUACUAAGUGCUCCCGACACCAAAGACAAGCCCCUGUGUCCCCACACCAAGGUGGAGGAGUCCUGGGAGCAGAGUCGCGCCCCUGCCCCGGUGCACGGGCACAUGCUGGAGCCGCCUGACCUGCAAGGCUCCGGCCCUGGGCGGAGGUCGCCUUCUCCCAGCCGCAUCCUCCCGCAGCCGCAGGGGGCCCCGGUGUCCACCACUGUUGCCAAGGCCAUGGCCCGUGAGGCUGCGCAGAGGGUGGCCGAGAGCAGCAGGCUAGAGAAAAGGAGCCUCCUCCCUGAGCGGAGCAGCCUGGGGCGCUGUGCCAGCUCCGACGAGGAGGACGGCUUCGCCUCCCCCGAGCUCAAGCGGAGAGGCGCCUCCGUGGACGACUUCCUCAAGGGCUCAGAGCUGGGCAAGCCGCCCCCCUGUUGCCAUGGAGACGAGUACCCCACGGAGAGCAGCCGGGGCUCCGACCUCUCGGACAUCAUGGAGGAAGAUGAGGAGGAGCUGUCCUCGGAGAUGCAGCUGGAGGACGGGGGCAGGAGGCGGCCCAGCGGCACCUCCCAUAAUGCGCUCAAGGAGUGCUAUAAGCCCAGGAGCCCGGAAGGCGCCUGCCCGGGACAGCCCGAGUUCCCCCAGCAGCCCCACCGCAGUAAGAGGCUAUGCAGUAUCCCUGAGGUAGCCGAGGAGGACGCAGAGCUCGGGGAGCCGCUGCUGUGGCAGGGCUCAGGGGCACCCAGGGCCAGGGCCCUGCUGGCCAUGGUGCCAGGGCCCAUCCCACCCUGCUGGGAGCACUCGGCUCCGCAGGCCUCCUGGCUCCCUGCCAAGCACAGAGCCCCCAUGGAGGACCUCCUUCUGGAAGACAGAGGCUGCCGGCUUAGCCGCUGGGCCACCCGAAGCCCGGACAGCGGCCUGGACUGUGGCAGUGAGGAAGAAGAGUCUCGGUUUAGUUUCAGGAACACCACAGCCCAGUGCAGCCCAGGCCCAGGUCACUGUCCCUGUAGGAGAAGCCCGAGGCCUCUACUGGCCCGGCGGCGGACACUGACCCGGCAGAGCAGCAUUGAAGAGGACUUUGGGGAACAGGUGGACCCCAGUGACGUCGCCAGGAGCGAUGAUGCCCUGCCCCGCCCGGAGAGGUCCGUGCCCAGGCAGCACAGCUGGGACGAGGCCGUGGAGCACGAAGACUCUCGGGGUGUCUGGAGGAGUGGCCUGGCCGUGCCCGACAGCAGGGCAGCUGUCCAGCACGCACGGCCUCCCCCCAGAGUGGCCGACGGCCCUGUGAUUCUAGGAAACCCAGCAUCUGCCGGACGUGUGGACAGGGCAGAUCAUGUGGGCAGGAGGUUUUCCCACGGUGGCACUGGUCCUCAGAGGCCCCGGCCGACGGUGGUCCCAUCUAUUGAUGAGUAUGCCGGGCGCGACCGCCUCUCUCCAGACUUCUACGAGGAGUCGGAGACGGACCCUGGAGCCGAGGAGCCCCCAGCCCGCAUCUUUGUGGCUCUGUUUGACUAUGACCCACUCACCAUGUCCCCGAACCCUGACGCUGCAGAGGAGGAACUUCCCUUCAAGGAAGGACAGAUCAUCAAGGUCUACGGAGACAAAGACGCAGAUGGCUUCUACCGCGGGGAGACCUGCGCCCGGCUCGGCCUCAUUCCCUGCAACAUGGUCUCCGAGAUCCAAGCUGAUGACGAGGAGAUGACUGACCAGCUGCUAAGACAAGGCUUCCUGCCCCUGAGCACGCCCGUGGAGAAAAUAGAGAGAAGUAGAAGAAGCAGCAGGCAGCGCCCCGUGUCCACAAGAAGAGUGGUGGCUCUGUACGACUAUGACCCCCGUGAGAGCUCGCCCAACGUGGAUGUCGAGGCUGAACUUACGUUUUGCACGGGAGAUAUUAUCACUGUUUUUGGUGAAAUCGAUGAAGAUGGAUUUUAUUAUGGGGAGCUCAAUGGGCUGAAAGGCCUGGUGCCUUCCAACUUCCUGGAGGAAGUGCCUGAGGACGUGGAAGUCUACCUCUCCGACGCCCCGUCCCCCUACUCUCAAGACGCACCCCCGCGCUCCAAGGCCAAAAGGGUUCCUCCUGAGGGUUCAGGGCCAGCAAGGAGAGCUCCAUCCCCCACAGCCCAUCUCCAUACGGGGUCACCUACGUCAUCUAUGGGUUCUGGUGGUCCCGGGAAAGGCAGGGAAAUGUCCUCAAGAAAGAAAAGGGGGCUUCUCUCCAAAGGCAAGACGCUGCUGGCGAGGCUGGGCGCGGUGAAAUGACCCCUGUGCUGUGGACAGCCGCCGAGUCCCUGUGAUUCUCUUUGAUUCCAAACUAGGGUUCUCACGACUCAAGCACUUCCUAAAACACAAUCUUCUCCCGACACCAGUAGAGAAAUGCUCUUGCACCACCACCACCCUAAGCCACUGCGGGAGCAGAGGGGCUGUCGCCCCCUUUCCCAGGGCUGGUGUCCUGCUGCCAAGCGGGGCCCUGGGCCGCCCGCUGCCCACCUGUAACCCAGCUCUGUGCAUUUGUCAUCUAUCCUUAGAGGAACGAGGUCCAACUCUCCUCCCGUCCAAAGCGCUUUCCUCAUAACCAUAACUGUCACUUUCCUCGUCUGACUCGCCUUGAUGUUCUGCCUUAUGAACGCACAUGGUCUGUAUGUCCAAUAAAACCGCAGUGUCUACUGGUCUGUGUUGUCGUUCCUGGUCUGCACCCCCACCCCGGCCUGAUGGCCAGCCCCACAGCUGUGUAGCUUCAGGUCCUGUCCCAGGCUUUCCGGGCAAGCCCGAGAACACAACGCCCACCCAGCAGGCAUCCCAGAGCCAGGCACCCCAGAGCCAGGCACCCCAGAGCCAGGGCGGGAAAGCACCUCUGUCUGGAAAAGCACUAUUGUCCGACCUGCCAGAAAGUGGCGAUAUUGGCUUCCAGUGUUAUAUUGUGGCAUGUUUUUGUUAUACUAUUUGUCAAAAGGCCACACCCAAGCCCUCGACAGGGAGCUGCACACACAUACAGCACCCACCCCAUCCACUGGCCACACCAGAAACAGCCACCUUCCCCCUGCCCGGAAUAGCCCGUCCCCCCAUCAUUGGCAUUUCAACAAGACUUACCCAGUUGCUGGCAGGUGUAUUUGAUGGUUACUAUUUUGUAAUUCUUGUCCACUUGUAAAUUGUUUUUACUCUUUAUACAUACUUUUCAGACUGCCUUUCUUUUGUAAUUUAUGGAAGGUUUAUAAAUGAAUGACAAAGCUUUCCCCAUUGUGUCUUCAAAACUAUCUUGUAAAUUGUAACAUAAUAGUAUGUAGUAGAUUUAUUAAAAAGAAAUUGCUCUAUGCGUGGUAAAGUACUGUGUGGGUGUGUGCAUGUGUACAGCUAGUGUAAAAUAUUUUCUAGAAAUAAAAUUUGUUAUUUUGUACAA